AUGUUGAACGCAGAUACCCCGAAUCCCAUCCGAGCGCAAAAUAAUCCGGCCUCGGUGGCAUUAGCAGGCCAGGAUGUGGUGAUCACGAAGACACACAAAAACCUUGCACCAGAAGCAUCAGGUUGGUUAGAUCCGGCGGCAAUAGUGACAGGUCUCUACCAUGGAACGGUUUCAUGGCCCUCAGCCAGCGAGUUGACCACAUAUCCAACACCAAGUGAGACGUCGGCUGUUAGUGGCAUCAGCUCAGAAGCCAUUCCAACCGGUACACUGGAUACAGCAAGCUCAUAUCAAUCACGAUCAUCAAAAUCAACGUUCUGGACUACAACUACAACUUCAAGUUUAAGCUCAUCCUCUCUAACAUCCACCCCAACAACAAGCAAAAUCUCGGCAAACGGCGACUCAACUGCCUUCUCCGGUGGUCCAUCAAAAACAACCAAAAUCGCCAUUGCAGUCCCAGUCUCCACAAUCAGCCUAGCUCUUGUCCUCGCGCUCCUAUUUUUCCUCUUCCACCGACGAUGCCGUGAAAAGGAACGCAAUGCCCUGCCACCACCUUACGAUAUGGCAACAGGCCGUCGAAGCGUGGUUCCAGCACAUGAGCUAAUGAUUUCUCCCAAAACCUUGACGCAGGAGCCAAGGUGUUCACUCUCGACACCAGCAAUGGCCUCAACGGCAACGUCAAUGCCAUUGCCUAUGCCGCGGAUCCCGAUAAUCAGCAUCUCGCCCUCCACGGAAAAUCGGGGCCGAACGCCUACUCCCGACCCCAGUCCUAGCUCGGGCUCUGUGCACCGCAUGCCUUUGGCCCAUGGAUCGAGUGAUUCUGAGACGGAGCUUGGUGUUGCGGUUGUUCUUUCGAUGGAUCAGAGGCGGAGUGCUACGGAGCAGGAUUUGAGGGGCCGGGUUGCGUCUGUUACAUCGUCGAGAGGGCCGUCGCGGUUGAGUAGAAUGCCAUUUGUGGAUUUUUCAGAUGAUGAUGAUGAUUGUGCUGUUUCUGUUGUGUCGGAUUUCGAUGGACGGAGGAGGGAGAGAGACUUUGAUGAGGUUUCGCCGAUAGGUGAGCAGGAGAGGCGGUUCUGA